AUGAAUCCAGUUAAUGCCUUCCUUCCCAAUAUUUCUGACUGCUGUACUCAACAAAACUGUGCAGGUAUCCAGACUUAUAAAGAUGCCAAGCAUUAUGCCAUAUCUGCAAAAAUACCAGAGUUAAACAAUAAAAACAGAACCCUAGUGGUACAAUAUUCGAUAAAGUUUGAGCAAGAUAUUGAAUGUGGUAAUGAUUAUAUUAAACUUCUCUCUGGCUAUGUCAACCAGAAGAAAUUUGGUGGUGACACUCCAUACAGUUUGAUGUUCGGACCAGAUAUAUGUGGCACUCAGACUAAGAAGCUCCAUGUAAUAGUUUCUUACCAGGGCCAAAAUUAUCCCAUUAAAAAGGAUCUAGACUGUGAAACUGACAAGCUGACUCAUUUUUACACAUUCAUUUUAAGGCCUGAUGCAACCUUUAGUGUCGUGGUUGAUAAUCGCGAAAGAGUGUCUGGAAGUAUGUACUCAGACUGGGAUAUCCUCUCUCCUCAUAAAGUUAAAGGUGUCUAUGCAAAAAAGUUACCGCAGAAUCUUACCUUGAUUCUAGUCAGUUUGAUGCAUUCUUUUAUUAUUGUCUUAAUGUUUGGUGUGUGGUCUUAUGGUGGAAGAAUGCUACUCCAUUCAUCCAUUAUUGUAAUGGCAUUUUCACGUAUAAUAUAUCUAUUACUGAAAAAGAUCAUUGGCUGUAGACAUUCACAAAAGGACAAGAAAUCAUACAAUCUGUCAGACUGGGAUGAUAGAGAAUAUAUAGAAGACCCCAAUGAUGUCAAACCAGUGGGAUAUGAUUCUGUACCAGCUGAGAUCCCUGAUCCCAAGGCUAAAAAGAAACCCAAAAAAGUACCAAAUCCAGCGUAUAAAGGCUCCUGGAAGCGCAAGAAAAUCAAGAAUCCUAACUACAAGGGGAAUUGGAAGAUUCCUUGGAUUGAUAAUCCGGAGUUUGAAGAUGAUCCCGACCUCUAUGUAUUGAAACCAAUAAAAUAUGUAGGCUUCGAAGUUUGGCAGGUAAGAACCAAGCUAUUAUUUUAUUUUGUGGAAUUUUCAUUUAUGCCUUGUUUUCACAUAUUCCUGUUUGAAAUUUAUACUGCUAUAUCCGCCAAGUUAUUCAAUGGUCUUGAAUUUGAGAAGUGGUCUGAAUAUUGCAAGACAAUUAGGCCUCCUGGGAUGUCUUUUGGUGAAUUUCAAACAUUGUAUUCGAUACCUUUAAGAUCUCUUAUGUGGCUUGCAAAUAUAUGGUAGUAGUGCUACGUUGAGUGAAAUUGUUCUUUUCUUUGGUCUCUCUUUAGAAGUGGAAUUUUGGUUCUGAUCUCGUAAGGUUAUACUAGUUUUAAAAAAUUACUGUUUGCUGUCGAUUUUGAAUAUCAAGAAAUGGACGCUUACGAAACUGCAUUCCACUCUUAUUGUACAAAUGAUACUUUCUGGUUCACUGGCUUGUGAAAACAGCAUAUACUCAGUAUUGACAGUCUUCAGUCUUGAAUGAUACUUGGUUUUUUCUGCAUUGUGUAUGUUUUUCUCUAUAAUUACUUUUACAGGUAAAAGCUGGUUCAGAGUUCGACGAUAUUUUGAUAUGUUAAGUGGUUUCAUCCUGUAAAAUUCUGAAAAAGAGCCUUUUGAAGAGGCAGAGAAGAUAAGAAGAGCUAC